CCCCGGGAGAGGCUGGAAACUACAAGACCCCGACGUACAUUGCGCCCCGCGAAGCGUCGACGAACCGGAAACUGUCGUGUGCUAGCAACAGUCGUGGUGGUAAAUGAAUCCCUAAUAGGUUGUGUGGAGUGCAUUUGGGAUAGUUUUCGAAGCAGCUGAUGAUGAUCGUAUCUUGAAUAUUGCCUUGAGGAACUCUUACAAUGGUAUCCUGGGAUUGAGUUGAAUUGCCUGCGCUGUCAGCUGCCAUCUUCCUAUCUACGAUAUAUGACUCCAGCCUAAGACCAUGUCAGGCCUAGCUGAUGAGACAGCAGGAGACCUCCCUGUGAAGGAUGUCGGCAUGAGCCUGACUGGAAUUGGUGGAAUACAAGAGUCAACAAGUGUACAGAACACUAGAGCUCGCCAAGCAGUGUCUCGCAUCUCACGUGAAGAGCUGGAAGAUCGCUUUCUUCGGCUCCAUGAUGAAAAUCUUUUACUCAAGCAACAUGCACGAAAACAAGAAGAUAAAAUUAAAAGAAUGGCUACCAAGCUAAUUAGACUCGUCAACGACAAGAAGAGAUCUGAGUUGGAGAGUGGCAGCCCCAAGCGGAUAGGCAGGGAUAUUGAGAUGGAAGAGAUGAUCGAGGAGCUGCAGGAAAAAGUUUGUGAACUAGAGAAGCAGAAUGAGGGUCUAAGGAAUCGGCUAGUGGCUUCUAAACAGCAGCUGCAAGUACAGGGCCGUAGAAACACUCCCUAUAGUUAUGUGCAGUCACGCAUAAACACUGGCCUUAAAAAAGUUCAAGAAGUUACCUUUGCACAGGAGAAUGUCAAAAAAGGAAUCAGAGUUCAAGACCCAGAGCUGACAACAAAGUGUGGCCAACCUAUUGUUCCCAGAUAUGGACAUAGUUUGCUUGAAGAUGCUCGGGCUGAAGUACGGAAUCUUGAGAAUUGCAUUACAUCUCAGAAGAUGCAGAUGGAAGAGAUGAAACAAACUGUUGAGAUACUAAGAGAAGAGCUGCGGAUGAAGGAUAAAGAACAUGAAGAGUCUCUUCUGCAUCUCAGAGAGCAUCAAGCAACAGGGCAGAGGACAACUAUCAGGGACAAUGUAGAGAUGAUAAAGCUACAAAAGCAACUUAUGGAUAAAGCAGCUUCUUUGACUGUCUUGGAGGGGAAAUUUUUGCAAAUCCAGGAGAACCAGAGAACCAUGAAAGCCAGUCACGAUGCCUUAAUGAAUAAAGUUGAUGAACUGAAUGCACAGCUGAAAGAAGAACGUUCUAAGUGCCUAUGUCUUGAAAAUCAGCUGCACUCAACCUCAUUUUCGCAGAAAACAUCUGAAGAGCUAAAAGAGAGAGUCAAGGAUUUACAAAAGGAGCGAGAUCUUUUGAAGGAAAAUUAUGACAAAUUAUAUAACAGUGCUUUUGACAUGACCAACGAACAACAGUGGAAGUUGAAGGAGCAGCAGCUGAAAUUACAGAUUGUACAGCUCGAGACCGCACUAAAAUCCGACCUGGCUGACAAAAAUGAUAUCUUGGACAAAAUUAAACUAGAAAGAGCGCAAAACGAACGACUCUCCCAGGAGAACAAAGAACUCCAGUUGCACUAUCUGGAACACAAGCAACAGUUGGAUGAACUAAAAGAUCGCAUGAAGUUUUUCACCAAAGAGAGUGAUAUUGAUGUGGCUGAACUUAGUGAAGCACUGAUGCUCAUAAAGGUUCGUAAGCAUCAGGAAAAUGGAAAUCUUGAAUUUAUGGAGAAAGUGGAGGACAGCAUUAGUAAGGAUUCCGAGAUCUCCAUACGAGAGCUUCAGGCAACGCACGCGGAGACCGUUCAGGAACUUGAAAAGACAAGAAACCUGCUGUUUAUGCAAUACAAGAUUAAUAAAGACUAUCAGAAUGAGGUUAACACUGUGACCAAGAAAAUGGAAGAUAAUGAUCGAGAAUAUGAGAUGAAACUGGAACAGUAUGCGCAACUACUUGAUGUUAGAGCUGAACGAAUCAGAAAACUUGAAGCCCAACUCAAAGACAUAGCCUAUGGCACCAAACAAUUCAAAUUCAAACCAGAAUCAACAACUGAUGAUGAAACUGAUGAACUUGAUGUAACUGUCCAUUUAGAGCGUGGAGAAAACUUAUUUGAGAUCCAUAUCAGCAAAGUGAACUUCUCUCCCGAAGCCAUUAAGGUUUUUGGUGAGCAAGAACCUGCCACUUUCUGCACCUAUGCAUUCUAUGAUUUUGAACUCCAGUCCACUCCUGUAAGACAAGGGCUGCAGCCAGUGUUUGAUUUCACAUCUCAAUAUGUUGUCCGAGUGGACGAUUUCUUCCUGCAGUAUUUGCAGAAAAGCACAGUCAAACUAGAGGUACAGCUUGCGUAUGGCACAGACUAUGAAACCAUUGCAGCAUGCCAGUUACGAAUGCAUGACAUCCUGGAACAGAAUGGGAGACUUUUUGGCACAGCAUUUUUGGUUGGUGUCGGAGGAGAUUCUGAAAAAUAUGGAACAAUUGAAUAUUGGUUCCGAUUACGUGUAGCAAUGGCUCAGGCCAUUCGGCUUUAUAAAGAACGUGCAAAGGCCUUAGGAUAUAUAACUUCCAGUAGUCAAGCAAUCAAUCAGACACAACAGGAACAUACUACAUCUCUGGCAGAUGGGAAUAUGAAUGAUCUUCACGUGAUUAUUAAAUCGUGUGACAACCUGCAACACAAAAGGAAGGACACCCAACCAAGCCCUUAUGCUGUCUACAAGUUCUUUGAUUUUUCAGACCAUGACACGGCUAUCAUUCCCAACAGCAAUAAUCCACAGUUUGAAGAUCACAUGAGAUUUCAUGUCCCAAUGAACUCCGAGCUCGACCGGUAUUUAAAGUCAGAAUCAUUGCUCAUUUACAUAUUUGAUGAUACCGAUCCUGCUGAUGUUUCCUACCUGGGAAAGGCAGAAAUCCCUCUUAUUCUGUUAUCCCACAACAAAAACAUCUCUGGUACAUUUGAACUUAGAAACACUGAAGAACAAGUCGUCGGCACCAUAAAUGUUGAAUUAAAAUGGAUGAUCUCUUAUAUGCCGCCGAAUGCAUCCAUAGUGACAAUGGAUCAAGCUAAAGUGGUUCGGAAGCAAGAACCAGAAAAGAUGCCAAUGAGAAAGGAACAUAAAGAAUCGUUAUCUGACCUAACCGACGACUCAAUUUUGGUACCGAAACAUAAAAAACUCUCAACAGACAUUGAUGAUCUAGAAGAAAGAAGAGUAUCAUGGGCUGAUGAAAAGCCUUCUGACAGUUCGUUACAAACAAAACAUGAAAUUGAAGUUGAAGAUCCUCCUUUUGUAGACAAAUCUAAUAGGAUGAAGAUUGAUACAUUUGAGCCUGAAGUUAUUAAUCGGGUUGUCACAGGCACAGAAAUGGAAGAUGAGCCGGCCCCAGAAAGUGAACCAAGGAGCCCUGACAUUUCAUCAGAACUUAGCACAGCUGCUUCAGAAUCAAUUGAAAAACAAGAUGCUCCUGAACCUGGCCAAGUUGUUUACGAUGGUGAGGAAUCAAUAACGGACAGUGAUGAUUGUAUUGUCGCAGGCUUGGAGCCAGGUUGUAUAAAACAGCCAUCAGAAAAGAUCCGAAUUGAGAUUGUAUCUCUGACUCUAGGCCAAGACAGUCCAAUCCUAAACGAUGAGACUAUUCAACGACUGUUUGUUGAAUUCAGAUUCUACAACUUGCCAGCUGAAGAGACUCCGUUAUCUCUUCCAAAGCCAAGCAGUGGACAAUGGAUCAGUUAUAAUCACAGCAAUGUGAUCCAUGUGGAUAAAGAAACUAACCAGCAGAGGCGGCAGUUCCUCGGGACAGUGCUUCAGGGACUCGAGUCAAACCUUGAGAGCAUAAAGUUUACAUUAGUCAGUGAUCCACCUGAAGAUGAGCAGGACUUGGAAUGUGAAGAUGUCGGCUUUGCAUUCGUUAAUCUGCGAGAGCUUUUCCAAAUGGGAAAGGACAUUGUUGAACAGGACAUUGACAUUGUCGGUCCCCAGGACAGCUCGUUGGUGAUUGGCAAAUUAAAAGUGACAGUGGAAGCAUUGGAGGCAUUGCUGUCGGUAAAUGAAGAGACCAAAUAGAGACCGUUGGAAAAACUACAGAUAAUCUCACACUGGUAAUACAAAUCACAAUGAGUUCCCUUCUAUUUGUGUGCACUGUAGGAAGUAUAAAAGUUGUUUGACUUUCUGUAUUUCUACCUCUUGUUUUCUUAGUUCUGCACUCUUUCCGAUGAGUUUGUUUGCCUGACAUAUUUCACACCAUCGAAUACUCACCCUUGCAUAGAACUGUGUUAAUAAUUAUUAACAGUGUGAUUGAAUGAUCUACACCAUCUGCAUUUUUGAACUUUUAUUUACAUAUGUAAUAUGUAAAAUGAAUGCUUACAUUUUAAUAAAGUAUAUUUAUCACACCAA